CCCCAGCCAGCCGUACUCGGAGAAAUCCCCACCGCAUCCCCGACACUUCAAUACCGUUACCAGCCACCAACGACACCUCCUCACCUCCGAUCCAGUUCCAACCCUUCAUCCAUCAAUCAAUCUCCACAAACACACACCAUGCGGAUACCGCUCGCCCUCACCCCCCUUCUAUCCGCCCUCGCAACGGCCUACACCUUCGACUGUCGUCACGUCAUCAUCAGCGAUUACAAGUACGACCUGAGUCCGCUCGGCGGCGUCCACGAGGUCUACCACGCCGAGCAACAAGGCGACGCCCUAAUCAACACAACCUACGCCAUCAACAUCUGUGGCAUCCUCAAGGGAGCCGCAAACCGCGAUGGCCUGAAGUGCGGGACCACCAAAAACAUCUGCGGCUUCGAAUACAAACUCCCCCUCGACAACAAAGACGCCGAACAGCCCGGUUCCCCCCUCCGAGCCCUCCCCAUCGCCGGCCUCGACCCCGUCGGCCACGGCUCCAAAGACACCGAGAUCACGCGCCUCCCCGACAGCAAUGACAAGCCCGACCAAGACGGCCCCGGCCUGCGCCUGAAGCUCGGCGGCGGAGAAGUCAAAGACGACGCCGGGAAGAAGCAGGGCGCGCGCGCCAUCAUCGACCUCUACUGCGACGCGGAGCGAACAGGCCUAGAGGGCAUCGAGACAAUAGAGGACGUCGACGCGGACGGCAACGCCAAGCGGGACGAUAGCAAUAACAGCAGCAGUCUGCAGUUUAAGAGUUUCCGCCAGUCGGACGACGAUGACGCCUAUGUGCUGAGACUCGACUGGCGCACGCGCUACGCUUGCGACCAUUCGCUGGAGGAACGCACGGAUAAUUCUAGCCAUUGGGGGUUCUUCACCUGGUUGCUUAUUAUUUUCUUCCUCUGCACAGCAGCCUACCUCAUCUUCGGCUCCUGGCUCAACUACAACCGCUACGGCGCCCGCGGCUGGGACCUCCUCCCGCACGCGGACACCAUCCGCGACGUGCCUUAUAUCUUCCAGGAUUGGUUGCGGAGGGUGGUGAAUACGUUGCAGGGGCCGGGGACGAGGGGGGGAUAUAGUGCUGUUUGAUUUUUCUGUUUUCUUUCUUUUUCUUUCCUGAUUUCUUUUCUCGAUUUCAUUCCUUUUUGUCCUCUCGAUUAUCUUCCUUUUCGGUUCGUUUUUUUUUUGUCGAAAUGAAGUUAAGGUUAUUUUCAUGAUAUAUGUUUUGCAUUUGGUAUUAUGUACGUCUUUGUUAAGUGCGUUUCUAGUAGGGGUUGAAGGCGG